CAUGGCGGCGACCUGACAAGUGCGGCACAUUUGUAAAUGCGAGUUACUAUGUAAAACUUAACACAACUACUCAAAUACGGAAAAAGACAUUCAUUCAAACUUUAAGAAUAUAUUAAUUGUGACGUUUCUGAAUGCAGUAGAAGCAUAAGAAUGAAAGACGUGCAAUAUAUCGACGGUAUCCGCCAUGUUGGAUAACGUAAUGCAUCAAGUGCAGGCUGGUGCAGGUUGCAUUAUAGUUGCAAUAUAGUUGCGGGAUAAUUACAAGAUGGCAGUAUCCCAUCAAAUACAGAAACGGAUGUGGAUACAAUUAUACAAAUCGUUGUACAGCUUGUCAUGACUUGCCGCGGAUUUCACGCGUUAAGUAAAGUUACCAGAUACACAUAUACUGAAAGGUUAUGCCAUAUGUAUGAAGUACAUACUUAAUAUAAACGUGACCAGUCAAUGUUGAAAAUGGUUACGAAGCAUUCCAGUUGAAUCGAUUGAUCUUUGGGUUUCAUCAACUGGAGUGUCAUGAUAAGGAAAAAGCUCCAUACCAACACACCAUUGUUGGUGGUGUUAGUUUUACUUAUCCUCUUAUACGUACAUUAUAUGACAUCUCUGAAAUGUGUGUCUGGAGAAUUAGCUGCAAAAAAUAAGCCUAAAUACAGGUUGAUCGUUCUUAUUCUUACCGCCGUUGAUAAUCUUGAACGAAGAGAUGCUAUUAGAAAGACAUGGCUGUGCGACGACCAUUAUAACGUGAAACAUCUAUUUGCGAUAGGUACUCUUGAUAUACAACCAGAGCAGCGAGAUACUUUACUAUCAGAAAAACAAAAGUAUAAUGACUUGCUUCUCUUAUCGAAGUUGCAAGAUUCAUAUAAUACUAUAACCAAAAAGAUUCUUUACUCCAUGGGACAGAUUUAUGAAACCUAUGAAUUCGAUUUCUUAUUAAAGUGCGAUGAUGAUUCGGUUGUCCUGGUCGAUCGAGUCUUGAAAGAACUUGACAAAUGGCAAAGUCGAGGUAUUAGAAAAGAGCUGUAUUGGGGAUUCUUCAAUGGUAAAGCACAAGUGAAGAGAAGUGGACCAUGGAAGGAAACUGACUGGAUUCUAUGCGAUUAUUAUUUGCCAUAUGCUUUAGGUGGUGGCUACGUACUAUCAUCCAAUCUGGUUAAAUUUAUCGCCAGGAAUUCAGAUGUCUUGAAAAUUCAGAAUUCUGAAGAUGUAUCGGUUGGUCUUUGGCUGGCACCUGUAGCCAAUAUCGAGAGGAAACACGACGUGCGCUUUGAUACAGAGUACAGGUCUCGGGGAUGCUUCAAUGAUUACAUAAUUACACAUAAGCAAAGCGUUGAAAGUAUGAAAAAUAUUCAUGAUCUCCGAAAAGCAACAGGCGCAUUAUGCACGAAAGAAGUAAGGAACCGUAUGAGUUACCAGUACGACUGGACUGUCCCACCUAGUCAAUGCUGCAACCGGCAGUCAGGAAUUCCAUAAAGUAUGCCAUUCUGCUUCUUGUUCUGUAUCAUUGGCAUAUUCUAGUCGUAACCUGACAUACUAGUUUUACAUUUCUUAUUUAUAUGCUAAAGGCAAUAAAACAUCUUCUUAAA